UCUUUCCCAUUCCUGCUCUCUCAUUUUCUCUACCUUUCUCAGCGCCCAAACAGCCAAAAGUAAAAAACAAAAUGGUGAGAGACGUUGAUUUGUACGUUACAGUCCCUAGUUUCUUCAGGUGUCCAAUCUCACUUGACGUUAUGAAAUCACCUGUCAGUCUCUGUACUGGAGUCACCUACGACCGCACCAGCAUCGAACGCUGGUUGGAUAGCGGCAACAACACGUGUCCCGCCACCAUGCAGGUUCUCAACAGCAAGGAGUUUGUGCCAAACCGCACUCUGCAGAGGCUCAUCAAGAUCUGGUCCGACUCGGUCCAGACUCAGAAAGACAACCGAGUUGACUCAGCCGCCAGCUCGGUCGUCACGAGGGAAGAUAUUGAAGUUUUGGUUAAAGAAAUGAGAGCCAAGAAGGAUAAAACUGAUCGUUUGUCGAAAUUCAUUUGUUUCGCUAAAGAAUCCGAAGAGAACUGCGAGUUCUUGGCGAAAUUUGAUGGCUUUGUUGAAAUGCUUGUUGGUUUUCUAGUCGGUGAUAAAGACAUUAAUUUUCUCGAACGAGUUGUUAAAGUUUUUGUUUUGAUUUUGAACAAAGUUGGAGAUUACAAAGCUUUAAGGUUGUUGAUUCUGAAGCAAAACAAUGAUUGUUUGUCUGCCCUCCUUGCUGUCUUAAAACAAGGAAGAAGCGUGAGUUCACAAAUUGGAGCUCUUAAAAUAAUCGAAGCUAUAACCCUCGACGCAGAGUCUAAACAGAUGGUCUCGGAGAAAGAAGGGUUCUUGCUCGAAUUGGUGAAAUUGAUCAGCUUAGAAAAUGAUCCAAGAUUGAUCGAAGCAAGUUUAUCAUGUUUAAUCGCGAUUUCUAUGUCGAAACGAGUUAAGACCAACCUAAUCAAUUUCAAAGUAAUUGCAGAGUUAAGAAAGUUAUUAACCGGAGGGCAGAAAGCGAGCGUUUCGAUCAUAGAAAAGGCAUUGAAGUUGCUAGAAAUGGUAACAUCGUUGAGAGAAGGGAGAGCGGAGUUUUGCAAUGACACGGCGUGUGUGGAGGCUGUGAUGAACAAAGUGCUGAAAGUUUCGAGCGAGGCGACGGAGCAUGCGGUGAUGAUAUUGUGGAGUGUGUGUUAUUUGUUUAGAGACGGUGAUGCACAAGAUGCUUUAGUGAAGAGUAACGGAUUGACGAAGAUACUGUUGUUAAUGCAAAGUAACUGUUCACCUGUAGUCAGGCAAAUGUCUGGUGAUUUGUUGAAGAUUUUCAGGGUGAAUUCUAAGUUUAGUUCUUGUCUUUCUAGUUAUGAUACUAAGACUACUCAUAUCAUGCCCUUCUGAUGUUUCCAAAUAUGGGUUGAUUGAUAUAAUUUUUCUCUCUUUUUUCAAGAGAGAUUUAAAGAUUUUCUUGUUCUUGUAAAUCGAAAGGAAAAUUUUGUUAGUGAAUACAAAAGAGAAUGAAAUUGCUUGAUUUUGGA